AUGGAAGACUUGCUGCAAUCGCUCGCCCGAGUCCAGGCUGGCCGGAGGAUUUGGGAAUAUCUUGAUCUACAAGACCAGUUUCAGGUGGCUCAGGUACACACGGCCUGGCUGCUGGACGUCCAAUGGUCCAUCUUCGGCGACAGCAUCCACCAGUUCAGUUGUGCAAGGGCGACCGACUUCAUUUGGGCUUUUCUUGUUCCUCGAGAUCGCAAAACAGUCCAAGCCGUGCACGAGCUUUGGCAUAGCGAUAUUCGUUGGUUUGUCUACCAUGAAGGAGCAAACUAUGCUUCGAGUGAUGACACCCCCCGGGAGCCUGGAAGCGGCGAAAAGGAUGCCUUGCGAUAUUCGACUGUGGCUGGGGAGGAGGAGGUCGCGACGACAAGUCGUACUGGGGAGCCAUGGAAAGACGACGAGCCGGACGAGGAUCCGGAUGAUGAGCCGGAGUAUGACCUGAGGUACUGUCAGUUCUGCAAAUCGUAUGGGUACAUCCGCAAAGACGGCUGUGUCAACAAAAAGUGCAAGCCGGACUACACCCCGAAGGAGUUCGAUGAUAUCCACGGAAUCGGUCAAGCAAUGGCAUGCAGCUUGGCACUAGGGCUCUCCUAUGUAAAGACCAAGGCUGCUGGCUGCCCCAAGGGCAAAUGGUGGGGUGAGACGGAAGCGGCCGUCGAUCCGGAGAAACGUCGCCGCCAAGCAGAGGCAGCAGAGGCUCGGAGCCAGGCGGCGGCACCAGCUUCGCCAACGGGGCCCGUCGCCCCUGCAGCUGGAAACGAUCAAGGAGAGCCACAUGCGGGCGACAACCAGGAGAAGGAGAAGGGGGAGAAGGGCGGCGACCCGGCGGAGGCUCUCGCUAUAGGCCAAAAGGGUGCAGCGGUUCUAGUUUUGGGUAUUUUGAUUGGGUUCUGCUGUGGCUGUGGCGGCUAUGAUCUGAGCUCCUUGGCUGCAAAGGUUGCUUGGCGACCGUGCUCUUCCGUGGCGCUUGGAAAAAUGCGACCGUCUGCGGUGCCGUGUGGUACUGACGAGGAAGAGGUUCCCAGGCGAACCAAGUCGGCCGCAGGGGAACCUGUCAAGACGGAGCCCUUGUCGCCCCAGAAGCCGAAGGAAACUUUGGGGAUGGCCAAGGCAGAGGUGGCAGGCUUGCUCACAAGCCUCAAGUACCAAAGCAAGGCCAAGAAAGUGACGGAGAAGCAUCGCGAACAAGCGAACGAUAUCUUGCUGAAGUACCAACAGUCUGGCGUCCAUGGAAAAAAAGAAAUAUUGCAGAAAUUGCAAAUGAGCGGGCUUCGUGACCUCAGCUGGUUCGCCGAGAUGCAAAGCGAAUACCAAACGCAAAGCGUGGACAAGGAGAGCACCACGAAGGGCUACUUCAACGGGAGCCAGAUCCUCAAGAUGAACGGCCUGGACCCGAGCAACAUGGACGAGGCUGUGGCUGCUGACACGCUCAAGGACUUGAUCGCCGACUCCUCACAAGAACCCUUGCUGGCCAAGUACUACUACAAGCAGAAGGUCGAAACGGAGGACACAGCUGCCACGAACUCGCUGGGCUGGAGCAGUUGCGCCAACGUGGAAGGAAGCGACCUCGGCAGGCUCGUCGAGAAGUUCAGUAACCCGGACCUGGAGGUGCCCGCCAACGAAGAGGCUUGGAACAAGGCCUACAGUGCUUGCAAGGCCGCCAAGAGCAAGCUGGGGAAGGAGCAGCACGCCAAGCUGGUCGCUCACGGUCCCCAAGCGGAGGCGGACGAAGUUGGGCCCAAGAUCGAGACCCUCCGAGCCUUCUUGAAGACUUUGCGCUUCAAGAUCAGCGAGUGGAUGAACAUGAGCGAGGGAUGCAUGGAAGCGAAGUUGCCGGAGCUCACCCAGCUGAGUGAGGAAGCCACCAGCCACCUGGCUGCAGCCACGGCCUACAACAAGAAGUUGAAGAGCCGCUUCGGUGUCUAA